ACGCGAGGCGGCGCGUCCUGGUCGAUCGCGUGCAUUCUAUACUCUCAAAUCGCGUGCAAGACGAUGACGAACAGUACCUCGUCCGCUGGAACACUGAAGAUCCAUCAACUCAAGCCCCGCUGAGUUGGCACUCCAUCAAAGAGCUUCUACGAUGUCUUGAACACGUCCAAGAUUACAUCGAAGUGAGGGAAAAGUCCAUGGAAGAGUUGGGACAAGCACAGAUAGCAACAACAAGAAAACGAAAGAGUCCGGACAGUAGUAGUGGGCAUGAAAGCCGUGCUUCGCCGUUUGAUCGCCGUUUUCAAGAAAGUCGGACACCCUCAGUCUCACGGUCUUCCCCACUGUCUCCCUCACCGCCUGUGUCUUCCCACGACGUGUACAACGGCGUUCUAGAUGCUGACGAACAUGGCUUCGUUUACUGUCGUUCGGCAGCCGGAGCAGAUAUACCGCAACUUGACGUCCACGCCCUGACACCGGAAAUAACCCAGGCGGCGUAUCUGGCUAGCGUCGACAAAGCACUUACCUACAUACGAAACGAGUACGUUCGGCGACUAGCCAAAGUGCCAGGAGAACAUGGCAAGCCCAUCCGUUUGAUUAACCUGGUCGACUCGUCUACCCCAUCACUGCGAUUCCGGUACAUUUCCGAAUAUGUCCUGCAAGAGGGCGUGUACCGCGCAUCGUCGGAGACGCAGCAAGGCUGCACGCAAUGCUCACCGCACAUGGGCCGCGACAUUGGGUGCGAAUACACGAAGAAAUGCGAUUGUCUCGAGUACGCCGCGGUGGAUGAAUCGCGGCUCGACGGCGAGCAGCGAAAGCAGUACUACCACGCGCUCGACACGGGCGCCUCCACCAUGGGGUUCCCCAAGAAAUUCCCUUACUUUGCCUCGGGCACCAAGCGCGAGAAGACGGGCUGCCUCGUCCCUUUCUACCUCAACUCGCGGCGCCCAAUCUACGAAUGCAACGACAAGUGCCACUGCGGGCGCUACUGCCGCAACAAAAACGUCCAGUUUGGGCGUCAGGUCGAGGUGGAAAUCUUCCGGUCGAGCAACGGCCGCGGGUGGGGUCUGCGCUGCAGAGAGGACCUGCACGAAGGCCAGUUCAUCGACACGUACCGUGGCGAAGUCAUUACCGACGCCGAGGCCACGCGCCGCGAGACGGCAUCCUCCAAGGCAAAAGCCUCGUACCUGUAUUCGCUCGACAAGUUUGCAGAGUCCGAGGGCCUCGACGAAAAGGAUCUCUACGUUGUCGACGGCGAGUUCAUGGGCGGCCCCACCAAAUUCAUUAAUCACUCUUGCGAGCCAAAUUGCCGCCAGUACACGGUCAGCUACAACAAGCAUGAUCCCAGGGUCUACGACAUUGCGUUUUUCGCCUGCAGGUUCAUUCCAAAGGGC